AUGCUGCUCACCCUGUCCAGCGUCCCUUCGAUGCCCAAGGACAGGAGCCUCCAGGCGGACAUGCUCAAGACAAGUCCCCCCCGGGGCUACUUCCCCGACCCUCACCACCACCCGCACCCGUACAUGGACUUCUUUCCCCGGACUCACGGCCUCCUCCACCCCAUCAAAUCCAACUCCGCCUUGGUGCUCAACCCUUACGUCCAGCAACAGCAGCAUCAGCAACAGCACAUGUUAGCCGGCCCGGGGCUACCUUACCUCGGUCACCUCGCGCCGGGACCCCCGCUGUGUUCGUCCAAGCCGGAGGAGCUGGCCGCGGUAGUGACGGAGCACGCCGCCGGGCCUCUCUCGCAUUCGGACUUGAGUAUUUGCAGUCCGGCCGGCGGGAGGUCGUCGUGCGCUUCCGCGUCGCCCGCCAAGCAGGUGCUACGAAACCGGGCUUCGUCCCCGGAGAAGAGGGGUCGCUUCAACUUCAGUGAGGACGACUUGUUCGCCGUCUUGUACGGAUACUCGGCGGGGCCUGAACGCGGCGGAGGCCACGCUAUUUCUGGGGUCAAUCUUCCGGACAAACCAGAAUGUCACGUCCUCCCCUUGGACAAGGAUGCUCUGGACCUUCCUGAAGGUCUGACCAUCGUGCAGGCGUGGUGGGGUAGCGUCUCUCACUGUGGCGUCUUCACCUCUGCGAAAAGCAGCGUUCCCAAAGGAACCCGCUUCGGACCCUUCCUGGGGAAGCUGGUGAACACCAGCGAGAUGAAAACCUACGAUGACAACACUCUCAUGUGGGAGGUGUUCGAAAACGGUCGCCUGAGCCACUUCGUAGACGGCCGAGGCGGCUCGGGCAACUGGAUGUCGCUGGUCAAAUGCGCCCGUUUCGCUGACGAGCAGAACCUAGCGGCGGUGCAGGUCAAAGGUCAGAUUUUCUACGAGGCCUGCAAGGAGAUCCGAGGCGAGCAGGAGCUCCUGGUGUGGUACGGGGACGGCUACGUGCAGUUUUUGGGCAUCCCGCUAGCUCUCAGGGGGCAUGACGAAGCGGACGAUGUGCUACCUCCGGCUGAAGAUUCCGGCGAAGGCUUCAAGUGCGACCGCUGUGGUAAAGUGUUCGCCUACAAGUACUACCGCGACAAGCACCUGAAGUACACGCGCUGUGUGGACCGCGGCGACCGCAAGUUUCCGUGCCACCUUUGCAGCCGCUCUUUUGAGAAAAGGGACCGCCUGCGCAUUCACAUCCUGCACGUGCACGAGAAGCACAGGCCGCACAAGUGUACAGUAUGUGGAAAGAGUUUUUCCCAGUCGUCAAGUCUCAACAAGCACAUGCGAGUCCACUCGGGAGAACGUCCGUAUAAGUGUGUCUACUGCAACAAGGCCUUCACUGCCUCCAGCAUUUUGCGCACGCACAUCCGCCAGCACUCUGGAGAGCGGCCCUUCAAGUGCAAGCACUGCGGGAAGGCCUUCGCCUCCCACGCGGCCCACGACAGCCACGUCCGCCGGACUCACGCUCGGGACAAGCCGUUCCCUUGCGACCUGUGCGGGGCUUCUUUCCAGGAGGAGCACGAGCUCAAAUACCACGCCAAAACUCAUAAAAACAGGCAAAUCUCGGACAGCACAAUUCACAGCCCAGGAAACAGCUCAUUGAAGGAAUCCUUUUUGGACAGUGCAAAAAACCAAAGAAACACCGAAAUGAACUUCCAAACUUACACCGGAAUGACACUUUUAAACCAGGAAUAUCGUCCUUGGAACUAA